AUCCGUAAACCAGAUUCCAGUGAGAGAUUUGGGUUUACACGAGAUAUUGAAGUUAUAGCAUCCAAUGAAACCGGAGAGGGGGAUAUGAAUAGUAAUGAUAAACCAAGUGAUAUCUUACCAAUGGCAUUGCUUACUCUCUCAGAUACCCUCGAGUCCAUUGAAACUAAUCCUCUUUUAGAAAGAUACAGGGAAACAAAUAUUACUGGCAAGAAUGGUGGAGAAUUAAAAUAUACUGAUACUAUAGAAAAUAUACAUGCUCAACUCAAAAAACACGAUAGUGUGAUCAAAGGUGAUAUUGAUUUUUAUAAGCAGAAAAACGAUAUCGAUGAAGCCACAUUGGCAUUUUUCAAGGAACGUUAA